CCACGUGAUUGGUGCAGCAUAGAUUGGUGCUCUCUCUCUCUCCCGCCCACAAUGUGGAUUGGUGCCUUGCACUAUGGUGCUAUGUGCUUCGUGCUACAUGACUUGGUGCUACGGAUUGGUGGAACGUUUUUGGAGCCGUGAGUGGCGUAUUGCCAAUUACUUGAUGCUGUUUUCCCAGGAAAGGUUCCACUGCAGAAGCUGAACUUUCACGCUCGAUUCGUAGAAGAUAACAUAAGAAAUCUGCGAGUUCUCGAAGACUCUUUGAUCAAGCUUGGGAUCAAAAAAGAAUUUGACAUACAAGCGAUUGCCAAAGGAAAGUUCCAGGAAAAUCAUGAGUUUCUGCAAUGGCUGCAUGCUUUCCUCCAGAGGAACCCACAUAUGCCACCAAAUUUAUACAAGGCCUUUGAGAGGAGGUGGGCAGCACAGGACAAGCAAAAGAAGACCGGAGGUCUUGCGGCCCGUGGCAGGCCUGUAGGGCUCAAUCAGAAUCUCAUUCCAAAUGAGUUUGGACUAGCAAUGCUGGAUGAGCCUCGAGCUGGAAGCUGGGUUCGAUGUGCCGAAGAUGACAAGGCUGUUCUGCGGCAGAUGGCAUCAAACGCUCAAGAAGACACAAAGAGUGAGAACAGUGCAGACAACAACAGAAGGGGUAAAGCUGAUGAAGAUGCGGAGGAGAGCUCGCGAGGAGGCGUGCUUCAAGUGCCAAACACUGAAAGAAAUGAAGGACCCGGAGCUGUACUCUCGCCGGCCUCUGACCUGCAGUUCCAACUGACAGAAUGUGAGGAUCGUUUGUCAGAGAAUUCUGACGGUCAGAUCCUCUCUGAUGUGUCAGAGACCGUGUUCCACGCUGGGGGUUUGUCAGGCGAGCUUUCGCUUCAGAGCGAAUUCGACGAACAGUUAGAACAGUGCCUUUUUGCUGACUUGGAUGGGGACGGGGACAUUACGCUUGCCGAUUAUAGAAAGGCCAUUUCCAGUGGAUUGGAAUGGAAGUCCUCUCCUGCAGGAGUUGGGCGGCGUUCUGGCCAUCUGGGCGUUGACAACGAGCCGCCUCGUACGGCCUCACAAGAUCUCUGUAAUCCAGAAGGAUCGGGACCCCCCAUUCCCGAGGGAUCAACACUAUCCAUUCAGGCGUGGACGGAGGAACAGCAGCAGGACGAACUGCUUCUCCCUGCCCACAAUCAGGACCAACUCUCGUCUCCCAUAACGGAGGGGUCCUCCGUCCCUGCCUCUGAAGGCGAGUUGCUUCGUCCUGGCCAUGUGGAAGGUAUUCUCGGGGGUUCGCCUGCCACGAAGUCCACCACCUCGAUGGACUCUGCAAUACAGAGUAGCAACGCUCCUCAGUGUAAAGGACUCUCCAUGCCAUCAGUUUCCAGCAGCCGGGCCAUCCAGCGUGCAUCCGAGGGGAACGCCAUCCCGUCAAGCGUUGAGGGAAAAUCACUUCCGGUGGGGCUUGGGGAAGCGAUCCAUCUCUUUGGGUCAGAAGGAAUGAACAGUCGCCAAAUGAAGAAAGAACCGACUGCCACAGCAGGUUCCAUCAGUCGGUCCCUUCCGGUGUCGCAGGCUCGGGCACAGCCGAAGUUUACUGAUGACGAUGCAUCGGAAAAACGGCCUGCUCCUCAGGGUAACGAGGGGGGGACGACAGAUCCGGCAGACGCUGAAGAAAAAGUUGAAGUGCAACAGGCAGCAGUGCAGCAACUGCCUGUUGCUGCCGAGGGGCUGGAAGAACGGCCCGUUCAGAAAGCCGAAGGGGGACAGUUUACUACUGUGGGACCGGGGCAGGAACUGGGACUGGAACUGGGACUGGACCUGGACCUGGACCUGGAACUGGAACCAGAUCCGGAUUCCAAUAGUACACUGGAAGGAAAACGGACAAAGAUCAACUGGCUUUCUGAAGGUGAGCUAGGUACUGACGGAUCAUUGGGCGGGGAGUCCGGGGAUCAUACCAUUAUGGGGACUGAGAAGGAAGUUACUGCACAACGGUCGACAGAAAAUGAAAAUGCAUUUCUGGGCAGGCUCGGCGAUGCGUCAUCGUCAGUUGAAGGCCGAAAGGAGGGUGAGGGUGCCCAGGAAGACCAUCCCAGCCUAAGGACGAGCCAAGAGAGGCCAUCCAACGAGUCUCGGGAGCCCAUCCUUUCACCUAAGGAUGAGCAGCUUCUGUCCCAGAUUCCCUCCCAGCCUAUAAAAAGGACACAUGGGUGUGGUGUGAACUCAAGGCGGUCAUCGCGGUCGUUGAGUGGCUCACCUCCCCGAGGACGAGAUAUGAUAGUAGGUAGAAACAGAGGCAGUGGGGAGCACAAACAGUACACAAGCCGAGAUGAAGCGCAGGGGAAGGAUUUCAAGGGAGAAAAGGGAGGGAGGGAGGAGAGUGAAGCAGAGUACCUCCCAAGAAGUGCACCGCGAACAACAGCGCGACACAACCGCUCAAGAACUGAGUACGCGUCUCCUCUAGAGUCUGGAAGAUCACAAAGGGCGAGCGAUGAUGGAUCAGGCAGCCAGCAGGAGGCCCUUGAGAGCCUUACGAUGUACCUAGAGAGUGAACUUCUGAGCCGAAUGCAGGCAUACCAGGACCUUUUGGCGGAGACUAGCUGACCGGUCCUGAGAUUUAUGUGUUGACCGACCUCUGCUCUAUCGGGGAGCAGCUCCCUUUUCUUUUCUUUUCUUUUCUUUGUUUUUUUUUUAACAAAACGCCCCCUCCAGU